AUGGUAGCGCAGACCCUUCAACAGAUUCUGGAAGCCACCGCUGGCAGUGCGGCUCUCCCAUUCGAGCCCGGGUCCAUCGUCCUUCUACAUUUCGAUAACCACCGAGACCGCGUGCUCUGGCUCUGGGCUUCGCUGCUUGCAGGGUACAUCCCUGUAAUGUCAACUGCGUUCUCCGACAAUGCCAGCCGUCGACUGGCUCACUUGGAACAUCUGGCUCGACUCCUGAACACGCCGGCAUGUCUGACAACGACCGGGCUUCUGCUCCAAUUCGACGGCCAAACAGCCAUUGUCCCCACCUGUGUUGACAUGUUCAACCUUGAGGACGUUGGGGCAACCCCUUCAGUCGAGGGAAGCAGGGUUACGGCCCCGAGCCCUAGGCCAGACCAGACCGCGGUUCUGAUGCUGACAUCAGGGAGUUCAGGCAGCUGCAAAGCCGUUGCUCUAACCCACGAGCAGAUCACCGCGGCCGUGACCGGCAAGCAUGCCACGCUUCCUAUCCCAGCUGACGCUACAUUUCUCAGCUGGGUCGGCCUGGACCACGUCGCCGGGCUGGUGGAGAUCCACCUCCAAGCGAUCUUCACAGGCCGCAGUCAAGUUCUCGUGGAGGCACCAGAUGUGCUCAUGGAGCCUGCCACCUUGCUCAACCUCGUGGAGCGACAUCGUGUCGGCUGGACCUUCGCCCCGAACUUCUUCCUCGCGCUUAUGCAUGCCACGCUGCAAAAGAAGGAAGAGCAGCAAGAUGCCUCAUCAGAUGACCAACGUCAAUGGGACCUGACCAGUCUGCGUUGGCUCACCUCGGGGGGAGAAGCCAACACAACGCAGAUGUGCGAGGAAGUGUCCCUGCUUCUCGAGCGCUAUGGCACCCCUCGCAAUGUCAUCGUCCCCGGCUUCGGUAUGACAGAGACCUGUGCGGGCGCGAUCUUCAACACGCGAUUUCCCGAGCACGAGAAAGCCCACGGCUAUCCCGUCGCGUCCCUGGGGCAGUGUAUGCCCGGGGUCUCGGUGCGGGUUACAGACGGCACGGGCACAAACAUCGCUUUACCGGCUGGUGAACUGGGCCAUCUGGAAGUCACCGGGCCGGCUGUUUUCCGCAGCUACUUCAACAACGAAGAAGCGACGCGGUCGUCCUUCACGACUGAUGGCUGGUUCGCCACAGGGGACCUGGCAAUGAUUGACACCACUGAAGCCGGGCAACUCCUCCUCAAGGGCCGGGUGAAGGAUGUGCUCAACAUCAACGCCGUGAAGUAUAACCCGACGGAUAUCGAAGCCGGAUUAUAUGAGGCGAUCCCGCAGCUCACGUACGGCUCGGCGUGUUGUUUCUCGUCGCUUCCAGCUGACGGACACACCGAGGAGGUCGUGAUCGUCUACCUCCCCUCCUACGGCCCCGAAGACCUUCAUUCCCACGUGCAGACGGUCCUCGCCAUCCGCCAAGCAUGCUUGGAGAUGACCGGCUCCCGGCCGCAAGUUCUCCCCCUAAGCCGCAACAGCGUGGCAAAAUCCUCUCUCGGCAAGCUGCCUCGCGCCCAGAUCAAAGCCGCAUACGAGCGGGGCGAGUACCAGAGCGCCGCAGAAGAAAGUCUGGCGAAGUUCGCGCUCUUCCAGAAGACAACCGACCAAGAGCCCCGCGACGAGCUCGAGCGACAGCUCCUUACAAUCUUUGUGAACUCGCUCGACCACGCGACGCCGGAGGAGUUCGGGGUGCAGACCUCCAUCCUAGACCUAGGCAUCACGUCGAUCGAGCUGAUCAAGCUGAAACGGCACAUCGAGCGCGACCUCACCUGCACGUCGCAGCCGGGCAGCAUCCCGCUGAGCACGCUGAUGCGCAAUACGACAGUCCGCGAUCUCGCGACCGCGCUGCGCCGCGACGAUGCCUCCCCGUCCAGCAGCGCAACCUACGACCCCGUCGUACCGCUCCAGCGACGCGGCACCAAGACCCCGCUCUGGCUCGCGCACCCUGGCGUCGGGGAGGUUAUGGCGUUCAUGAACCUGGCGAAGUACUUCACGGACCGGCCGAUCUUCGCGCUGCGGGCCGCGGGGUUUAACGACGGGGAGCCGCUGGCGACCUCGCUGGACGAGAUGGUGCGGCGCUAUCACGCGGCGAUCAAACUGCACCAGCCACAGGGGCCGUAUGCGCUCGCUGGCUAUUCCUACGGCGGGAUGGUGGCAUUCGAGCUGGCUAAGCUGCUGGAGCGGCACGGCGACACCGUGCGCUUUCUCGGCUCGUUCAAUCUGCCGCCACAUAUCAAGAAGCGCAUGCGCCAGGUCGACUGGAAGACGGCCUUGCUGGACCUGUGCCAUUUCCUAGAUUUGCUCUCCGAGGCGGGUAGGAACGAUCUCGCGGCUCAGCUAAGGGACAUGGGCGAUCGUGACGCGAUACUCGAGUGCGUGCUUGCGCGGAUUGAUAAGGACCGCUUUGCUGAGCUCGCCCUGUCGCCGGCUGCGCUCGCGAAUUGGGCCCAUGUCGGCCAGAACCUCCAUCACCUCACCAUUGACUAUGAGCCCGCACCCUCGGUGGAGAGUAUCGAUGUCUUCUACUGUCAUCCGAUCAAGGAGGUAGCCUCGGGCAAGGAGGAGUGGUUCGAGCGGUUUAUUAGCCUGUGGGGGGAUUUCACGCGCGACGAGCCCAGGUUCCAUGAGGUGGUGGGCUCGCAUUACACGAUGAUCUCGCCGGAGAAUGUGUUUGGGUUCCAGAAGACGAUGAAGGCUGCGUUGGCGGCAAGGGGGAUCUGA